AUGUAAAUUUAUUUGUGCAUACAUGUUACACAGGUAAAUGACCUAGUUUGUAAUGCAGUUUGUUUACAAAACUUGAACUUGGGAUAAUGAGCUCAGACAGAAAUGGUGAACUGUUUACUGUUCGGAGGUACCAGUAUAAGAACGGUGACUUCGAAAUCGAUAAUCCAUGUGUGGACAAAAUAGCACUACACCCCUUUAUGACAUUCUGGGGAGACAAUUCACACAUUGCCGAGAGAUUACAAGCGAUUCAGAAUAUGGCAUUAAAAGAAGAUAACAUUUUAAUAGCAGCUUAUCCUAAAUGUGGCACGCACUGGGUUUGGGAGAUUGUGAGCAUGUUAAUAAAAGGAAAAGCCGACUACCAAAGAGAUAUUAAAGAAGAAUUCAUGAUUGAAGGAAAAAUUGACCUGAGUUCAGUUGGCAGCAGUGAAUCAUCGCGGAUACUGAACACUCAUUUUCCAUACAGAUUUUUACCACGAAAGCUGAUUGAAAAUGGCGGAAAAAUUAUCCAUGUUACUCGGAAUCCUAAAGACAUGUAUGUUUCAAUGUACCAUCAUGCUGUCAAUUCGGGACUUUUCGGACCAAAAUGUGAAAACGUCAUAUGGAACCAAUACUUUAACGAUUACGUUUUCGGUGAAGUACAGUUUUAUGGCACAUGGUUUGCUUAUGAGAGGGAAAUGUCAUGGUCGAAGAAAGAAAACAAAAACAUUCUCACUGUACAUUUUGAAAAAUUAAAAUCGGAUCCGUCUACAGAAAUAGGACGGAUAGCAGAUUUCCUUAAUAUUCAUGUGACUGAGAAUUUAGUAAAAGAUAUAGUUAACAAAUGUGAUUUUAAAAACCUAAAAAAGGCGGACAAAGAUGUAAAAACAAUGGGCAAUGAAAUGAAAGUCCUACUAGAGUCUACAACCAAAGAGAAUCCAAGUAUCAAACUUCCGGAAAUUUACAGGAAAGGUGCCGUUGCUGACUGGAAGAAUCAUUUUACAGUGGCGCAGAAUGAAAAGUUUGAUGCAUUGCUUGAGAUAGAGAUGAAAGAUAUUGACUUAGAUGUCUUCUAUGAGAUUAAAAAUACAUAGCAUUUUAAU